CGGGCGUUUCCGUGGUGGAGAAAGGGGAGGAGAAAAGGGUGGUGGUGAGGCACAGUUUUUGAUCCUCCUCUUUCAUUGAUGAAAUUUAAAUCCUUAGGUUUUUUACCUUGAAGACAGUUUCUCGGGGUCAUUUAUUUCUGAAGAUAGGUAUAGGAAGAGAGCAGGGAACAAUUGGGGAUAAAAUCCUGAUGAAAAUCAUUUUUUAGAGGGUGGGUAGCUAAGAUGACUAUGACUAGGACUUUUAUUUUUUUCUAAAAGAAUAUUCUGUUGAUAUGUAGAUUUUGAAUAACAGUGAGGGAAGAAUCUGCUACAUCAGGAGAGAAGUCACUAAAAAGAAAAUAAAGCUCUUAUUUUUCUGAGCUUUUCUGGCAUAUUCUGAAGGAAGUGGUGUCUUAAUUUUUCUAUAUUUAUACAAGAAGAGUGUUUAUUUUCAUAAAGAUACAAAAUGUCAUCAUUUGCAAAAGAUUUUAGCAAAGCGAUGUCUCAGGCUGGUACCUCCCCAUUCCAGGAAGCUAUUAAGCAAGAAUUGGAAUAUUCUAUGAAAACAGAACUGGAUAAAAUACUUGGAACUGCACCACAAAAUGAACUACAGCACACUAAAAAGGAUCUGGAAGGAUUUAAAAAGCUUUUUCACAGAUUCUUAGAAGAAAAAGGACCAUCAGUAGACUGGGGAAAGAUCCAAAGACCUCCAGAAGAUUCUAUACAGCCGUAUGAGAAGAUAAAAGCAAGAGGAAUACCUGAUAGCAUUGCUUCAGUUUUGAACAAGUUAGUUGUGGUGAAACUCAAUGGUGGCUUGGGCACCAGUAUGGGAUGUAAAGGCCCCAAAAGUCUCAUUGGUGUACGAAAUGAGAAUACAUUCCUGGAUUUAACAGUUCAACAGAUUGAGCAUCUAAAUAAGACUUACAAUACAGAUGUUCCUCUAGUUCUGAUGAAUUCCUUCAACACUGAUGAAGAUACGAAAAAAAUCUUGCAGAAAUACAGCCACAGUGGUGUGAAAAUCUACACUUUUAAUCAAAGCAGGUAUCCUCGAAUUAAUAAGGAGUCUUUACUUCCAGUAGCAAAAGAUGUAUCUUACACAGGAGAGAACACAGAGGCUUGGUAUCCUCCUGGCCAUGGAGACAUCUAUGCAAGUUUCUAUAAUUCUGGAUUGCUAGAUACUUUUAUUGAAGAUGGGAAGGAAUAUAUUUUUGUGUCCAACAUAGAUAAUCUUGGGGCUACUGUUGAUCUCUAUAUUCUCAAUCAUCUCAUGAAUUCACCAAAUGGAAAAAGAUGUGAAUUUGUUAUGGAGGUCACCAAUAAAACAAGGGCAGAUGUGAAGGGUGGUACGCUUACACAGUAUGAAAACAAACUGAGGCUAGUUGAAAUCGCUCAGGUGCCAAAAGCACAUGUUGAUGAAUUCAAAUCUGUUUCAAAAUUCAAAAUAUUCAACACAAACAACCUGUGGGUUUCACUAUCUGCAAUUAAAAGGCUGCAGGAACAGAAUGCUAUUGAUAUGGAAAUUAUUGUAAAUCCAAAGACUUUAGAUGGUGGUCUAAAUGUUAUUCAACUGGAGACUGCGGUUGGUGCUGCUAUUAAAAGUUUUGAGAACUCUUUGGGAAUAAAUGUUCCCCGUAGCCGUUUCUUGCCUGUCAAGACCACGUCUGAUCUUCUACUUGUGAUGUCUAACCUGUACAGCCUUAAUGCUGGGUCUCUAACAAUGAGUGAGAAACGGGAAUUUCCUUCUGUGCCACUGGUCAAGUUGGGGAGCUCUUUCACCAAGGUUCAAGAUUUUCUGAGGAGGUUUGAAAGUAUCCCAGAUAUGCUUGAACUGGAUCAUCUAACUGUUUCAGGCGAUGUCACGUUUGGGAAACAUGUUGCAUUAAAGGGAACUGUCAUAAUUAUUGCAAAUCAUGGUGACAGGAUUGACAUCCCCCCUGGAGCGGUUCUGGAGAACAAAAUAGUCUCGGGCAAUCUUCGGAUUCUAGACCACUGAGCUGCUAUGAAUUUCAUAUAAUAUAGUUUCACAAAUGGAAGACUAUAUAGGCAUUAAGAUUUGUAUACAAUCACUCUUCUGUUCUUACAGUAUUAUUUCUGUAAUCCCUUUUUAACUGAGAAAACUAAAAAAGACAUCUAAAUAACUCAGUAAUUCAAUUAAUAUAAUCUAAAGUGCAAUAUUGCUGAUACUCAAUGAUUUUUGAACUGCUUGUAACAGAAAAAACUGUGAAAUAAUAUGCUGUUAACUAUUAAAUACACCUACAUUAUGAAGUACUUUUUGCUACUAUAGCAGGUAUGUCUAGAAUAUUAUUUGCCUUCAAACUCUGCUAUUCACAGUAACUCACUCCCUUCACAAGGUGGUUCAGAACCUCAGUUGGACUGUUUUCUCCUGUUUACCCAAAGAAAAGGUACCUGAAACAUUUGAAUAAUUGUUUUUCAUCUCGCUUCUAUAAUGUUACUACUUAAAACAUUAGUUUACUUUUAAAUACUCAACAGAUUACCUUCUUCAUUAUAUUCAUAUUAACAGAAUAAAAUGUGUUGAGACAAAGGAGGAAAUGAAUUCCACAUCUGUACAGGUACUGAAAUAAAGAAUAUCACGUC